CAGCUUCAGUCAGUCGAUCGCUAGCCGCCGUAUCGUUCAUACAUAUAUGUGCUCUCGCUUCGCUGCAAGCCGCGAAAUUGACAAAAAGAAGUGUUGUAUACUUUUAUUCCAAGUGCGUUAAGUCCUGUGCUUCGCGAAUUUUGUUUUAAUCUCGUGGACUAUCGUGCUAUUCCAACAUGGAAAAUUUAUACGAUGCAUGUCUCGACGAUUAUGUGCGCAGCCUACUCAGUCUCCGCAAGCAUCCCCUAUUUGACAUCUUCACCUUUGAUAUCUUGGAUGAUAUUGAUUUAGAAGAGUCGAUCCGCCAAGACAUGAAUAUGUACGAGGACGGACAAGGCACGAACGCCAUCAAGGAGGGCGAUGACGACUUCGAAAGCCCAUCUUUCAAUUGUGAUGAUCCUUCCUGCGUACUUCCGCUGGACUGCUUCCCGGGGUCACAACUGUUCGGAAUUCAGUCCUCCGUGCUCGAUCCACCCCUGGACAAGAAUACGUUGGAACCGAUGUGGACAGACGUGGAGCCCAAGGAUGUCAAUGUGUCCGCCAACAUAGCGCACGACCACUGCUACUUGAUGGUCCCCCCAGAGGUGAAGGUCCCCGAGUGCUACUUGACGCCCGAGGCGUCCGAAGCGUCCGAGGACGAAAUCGAUGUCACUCGUAUGGAUGACGGAGCGGAGGUCUUCGAAUGUGUAGUCUCCUCCCCAUCUUCGAUAUCGGACUAUGGCAGCAGCAGCCCCCCCAACACUCUCUCCUGCGCAACCAGCUCCCAAUGUGUGGCCGCCACCCUGCCCGUCUUCCCUCAGGCAAGCACGUCGCGGGCCUCCAACCUGAACCUGUCGGACCGUCGCUGGAGCGAUCGGAGGUCCAACAGUAAUCACCAGUCAAGCUCCAGACCAGUCGCUAGCACGAGUCGAAGCGGCGGCGGCCAUGGUGGUAGUCGCAAAACCAGCCAUGGGGUCUCACAGCCCCAAAUCUCCAUGUUCUCAAUCCCUCGUCUUGUGCCAGUGGUGACGGCGGAGGAACCGCCUGCGAAACGCAGGCGUGGAAAGAAGGCAGCAGCUCCUAAGCCGUCAACCUCAAAGACUGGCGGGCCCAAGUCUUCAAGAAAGACUGUCUCUUCCGACGAGAAGAGGAUUCGGCACAACGAUGCCGAGAGGAAACGUCGGGCUGCUUUGGCGUUGCUGUUCGACGACCUGAGGAACGUUAUGCCAAAAGUGGAGGGCAACAAGCCUCUUCCGAAGGCGAGAGCGCUGGAAUUUGGCAAGACGUGUAUCAUGCGGAUAUCAGCCAACAUGAACAACACUAUUGCCUUGAUUAGAAGGUUUUCGCGGGUACAGAAACUGAUGAAGUCCCCAAAAAUAAUGAAACGUCUGCAAAGGUUUCAACAAAACUUAGCACGUUGAUUUGAAUAACAGUGACAUUGAGUGAAGCGACGUGAUAGUUGAAUGGACGCAAAAAUGCCGCCUUUGCAUCGUGAAAUUAUUGGAUAGAAAGACUAUGGAUAACCAUAUUACGAGAUCAUCAAGACUUUCAUGUAAGUUAUAUUUUGAGGAAUGCAUUCUACAUGUGCGUUGUGGCUCGUAAGCCUUCAUACUGCAGUAAUUUUUCGUACGGUCUUCCUUGGUUUUUGAUAUGAAUUUACUGCUAGAAUAUUUAUUUCCGUUGUAUAUUUGUGCAAAUCACAUAAUAGCGGGUGGGAUACAAGUGCAAAGAGGAUUAAUAUCGGACACUUGCAAACGUGUUGAUACCAUGUGCUGCUAACUUAAUCCCACGAUUUUUCUACCGGUCUGACUCUGUUUUGGUUGUACAUAAAAUUCUCUUAAGUUUCACAAAUGUUUAUACCAUUCUCUUAAUUGUACAUAAAUUCCUCUUAAAUUUAACCAUUUUCAAUUCUCAUCCUCACGCAAUACACGCUUUUCAACUCAACUGUGCCACCUUGGUCGCAGUUUACUCAAACAUAAACAAAACAGUUGAAAAGUGCUGAAUAUUUAUAUAUAUAAGGUAACACAACUGAAUCGAUUAAGUACCUGAUAAUGCGUUAGCCUACUUUAAGAAAAUUGAAUGGUUGAAUAUUUUACAAAUGAUCAGGGGAAUCUCGUGUGAAUGUUUUAUUUGUAAUUGUGUAGGACAUAUUUUGUUAACUUUAAGAAGCUCAAUAAUUGUAAUUUGUAUAAAUUUUAUGUUACCACAUUACAAAUUAAUUUUUUACGAAUCAAAAAUAGCUGCUUAAGAAUUCGAACACUGGUCUUAUAUUUUUAAGAAGGUUUUUUCGAGAACCAUAUCCAAAUCUUUAGAAAUGUAGCAUCAAGUUCCUAAAGCAACGACUUUAUAUUUAAUAAAGAAAAAUCAAAAUCAUAA